UCUUCGGCGGGCGCUGCCCUCGACAGUCGUUCCAUCAUGAGCAAAAAUCAAGGUGCAGUGGAAGAUGAAAUAAGACCAACCAGGUCCCCCCAGCAGUCCACAGGUCCCGUAAGCGAUACGAAGUCGAUAGAAAGACUAGUUGAGUCGGACCUCUCGGAUAAUUUGCCGGGCGACCUUCCCUUCUUCGAGUAUGCUUGUGCGUCCUGUUGCGGCGUGACUGUCCUUGCUCUAGUCAUUUUCAUCAUCUACCUCGCCAUCAACAGUAUGGCGUUCCAUCAACUCAGUUUUUCCCCAAAGGUCCGUACCCGUACGGGCCUCACGCAAGGGGUGCGGCUCUCUGUGGGCAGCGAUACGGUUUUCGCUUUCUAUGCGGUUCCGUAUGCCGAACCUCCGCUUCAGUCAGCACGUUUCCAGCUUCCAACGCCUGUGCGCUUCUGGCCUGGACAGCUGGAGGCCACCUCAAAGGCGGCCCCGUGCGUUCAACAACCACUGAGCAGGAAGCCUGCAAACUUGACUCCCGAUUUCACGGAAGACUGCCUUCACCUCAACAUCUGGACUCCAGGCCUUGAUGGAAAGAAACUUCACCCCGUCGUCGUUGUCCUUCACGGCGGAGGUUUUACACAAGGCUCGAACAGCUUGGACCAAUACGACGGCGCGCAAUUCUCCAAGCGGACAGGGUCUGUGGUCGUCGUCCCCAAUUACAGGCUCGGUGUGUUUGGCUUUCUCUUUGGCAACAUCUCUGCCAUUCCAGGGAACCAAGGUUUAUGGGACCAGCAGCAGGUUCUCCACUGGGUCGUAGAGAACAUAGACAGCUUUGGUGGUGAUCCUAACCUGAUGACGCUCUGGGGAGUUGAAGCUGGAGCUGUUUGUGCCGGUCUGCAUUUGCUAUCUAAAAGGAGUCGACCGCUAUUUCAUCGAGUUGUACUUCAGGGCGGCUCGCCAUUCUCCCGACUAGGAGACAACUACUAUUCUGGUCCAGAUAAGGUCGACGCGCUUGCUCGUGCCAUUUGUGGACGACCGCUGUCCAGUAAUGCAUCUCAGGUGCUGAGCUGCUUGCAGAAUGCCCUUCCAACCCAGCUUGUCUCAGUACCGGUGCAAGAUGCUUUUCGUCGCACCCUCAGCCCAUACAUUCCCACUUUUGGAGAUAGCCUCUUCCCAGAUGAUCCUCUGACCGUCUUGUCAAAAGGAAGACUCCCGCGAACCGAUCUUCUCCUGGGAUUCACGAGCAACGAAGGAGCCAACCUGUUUCGUGUAUUUCUUGAGCAAACGUACGGUGAACCUUGGAUGACUCUGUCGUCGGAAAAAUACCGUGAAGCUGCGUCAGCAUUACUGACUUUCCUCUUCGGUGUGGACGUCCUGGAAGCUGAGAAUCUGCAUUCGGGUCUUGCUUUUCCUAAGGACAACAGGGAGGUUUUCACAUACUAUGCUGGCCUUGUUGGAAAUGCCUUGUUCAAAUGUCCCAUCCUCUUUUUGGCUACCUUGGCGUCAAGAGAGGGCAGAGUGUUCAUUUACGAGUACGGGCUUGUUGAAGAUCCCGACGACUGGUUGGGCGUACCAGAGAACAUCGACUUCCAGCUCGCCUUUGGAACAGCAAGUAACGUGACCGUAGCGGCUGUGCAUUCGCUUAGGCUGCAGGAAGCACUGGCAAGCUUCGUCCAGUUAGGCAUUGUUGACUGGCUGCCGUACACACUCAACGACAGUCAAGUGAUGCACUUCCAAGACAAGAGCAGUACCGUAACGAAGACUAAGCUCGCCAUCCAGUGCGACAUCUACUACAAGUACCACGCCACGUCUUAAUGGAAUAGACGCGUGCGUGUCUGAUUCAGCGUCACCCGACAUGGCGUAUCUGAUGAGCACCUGAAACAAUCUAAAUAUAUCUCCAUGUUCACGGCUGUACAUUUUAAUCCUACGCAUACAUAUCGUAAAGCUGAAUUAUUAUGUCAUUAAAAGACGUGACUCUCUCAGGAAUGUAGCAUAGGCUUGUGUCA